AUGGAAUUUUUUAAACAAUUAUUUGAUAUUAUUAAUCUAAUUUUGACAAUACUUUUAAAUACAAUUGCUGCUAUACAUGCAUAUUAUUUUAAUAAUAAUAGUAAUAUAAAUGAAUUUUUGAAACUUAUUUAUUAUCAGUCAAUAAUUUCAAUAUUGUUAGGAAUUAUUAUUUAUGUUUUUAAAAUGCAUAUUUUUGCAAUAAAAGGCUAUUUUAUAAUUUUAUUUGAUUUUUUUGAUACAGUUGUUUAUGAUUUAACAUGGAAUAGAUUUUUUUUUGGUUUAAAUAUUUUUGCCAAUUAUUCAAAUAUUGGAUAUCCAAUAAUUCCUUCUUUAAAUAUAUACUUAAUGUGUGGUAGUAUAAUUUUAUUUUUUGUUAUAAAUUAUAUUUUGAUAUUUGUUUUAUAUAUACAAUAUCAUUUAUAUAUAAAAACAUACAGUUCAAUUAUGUCAUCUUAUACAAAAAAAAUGCAUAAAAAAUUUAAUAAAUUACUUUUGAUACAAUCAGUUGUACCAAUAAUUAUGAUAAGUAUUCCAAUACUUUUUUAUAUAUUUACUUUAUAUUUUAAUGUAUAUAAAAUUAGAGAAUUAAUUGGAACUUUUUUUCAUCAAAUUAUAUCUACAGUUGGUUUUAUUAAUCCAUUGAUAUAUUUAUUAUCAAGCAAAAAAAAUGGUAAUAUUUUUUUCAAACAAAUGUUAUGUUCCAUAUUAAAAAAAUGUAGUUUUAAAAGUUCAAAUAAAGUUGAUGUAUUGGUGUUGAACUUAAGAAAUAAGAUAAUUUCAAAUAAUUUAAGAAAAACCAAUAUUCAAAACUAA